AGGCUGUAGCGGAUCAACAGACGCAUUUGCUUGUACGCAACAGGGCGUCGAGAGAGGAGGUGGCGGUUAGAGGCCAACUUCCUUCAGUUUUGGUAGAAUUCACGGAAGAAGCCUCCACUUUUAUUUAGUCAACGUUAGAAACAUGACUAAACUCCGUCUGCUCCUGGGUUUAAUGCUGCUGUUUAUUGCGAACAGCGAUGCAGUCAUCAGAAUCCCCCUGCACAAAGCGCGGACAGUGCGCCGCCUGCUGGCUGACAACGGUAUGACUAUUGAAGAGCUGAAGGCAAGGGCCGAAGAAACUUCCCAGCAGUUUGUGACCACCACCGCCUCUUCAAACGCCACCACCACCGCCCCUACUACAGCUCCUGCCCCCACCGCACCUUCCCCUGUGGAGAAACUCACCAAUUUCAUGGAUGCUCAGUACUUUGGCAGGAUCAGCAUUGGCACACCCCCUCAAGAGUUCACUGUGCUUUUUGAUACGGGCUCCUCUAACCUGUGGGUGCCCUCCAUUCACUGCUCCUUCUUCGAUCUGGCCUGCUGGUUACACCAUCGUUAUAACUCGAAGAAGUCUAGCACGUUUGUGAAGAAUGGGACCGCAUUCUCCAUCCGGUAUGGUAGAGGGAGUCUGUCUGGCUUCAUCAGUCAAGACACAGUCAAUCUGGCAGGGUUGGACGUUACUGGGCAGCAGUUUGCUGAGGCGGUGAAGCAGCCUGGCAUUGUGUUCGCUGUGGCGCGUUUUGACGGGGUUCUCGGCAUGGCCUACCCCGCCAUCUCUGUGGACAGAGUGACACCAGUGUUCGACUCUGCUAUGGCUGCCAAACUCCUUCCACGGAACGUCUUCUCUUUCUACAUAAACAGGGACACUGCAGCGGAGAUCGGGGGUGAACUGAUGCUGGGUGGUUUUGAUCAGCAGUACUUUGAAGGAGACCUUCACUAUGUUAAAGUCACUCGUAAAGCCUACUGGCAGAUCCAGAUGGAUCAAGUUCAGGUAGGAGGCACCCUGACGCUCUGCAAAGGGGGUUGCCAGGCCAUUGUUGACACAGGAACAUCAAUGAUCGUGGGGCCAGUUCAGGAGAUUCGAGCACUGCACAGAGUCAUCGGAGCCAUCCCUCUGCUGAUGGGGGAGUACUGGAUUGACUGCAAGAAAAUUCCUUCUCUCCCCACGGUUUCACUGAGUCUGGGAGGAAAGAUGUUCAACCUGACAGGAAAAGACUAUGUUGUGAAGUCUACCCAGAUGGGUGUGAGCAUCUGCCUGUCUGGUUUCAUGGCGAUGGACGUGCCGCCCCCUGCUGGCCCGCUUUGGAUCCUGGGGGAUGUCUUCAUUGGCCGUUAUUACACAGUCUUUGACCGAGACAACGACCAAGUAGGAUUCGCUCCUUCCAAAUAAACCAAGGAAUAUUGUCAGCUUGCAUUACCAAAGCCUAAACGAAACAUGAAGGGAGAGCAGGGUUACAGAGCUGUUGGACUAUAGACUGAUUGAGAAAGCAUAACGAAGCCGGAACCAAACUUUAGAGAAAGAGAAACUGAUCCUCAGUGAUCAGACUAACUUUAAGUAAAGCUUUUUGUGUACAUUUUUCUUAACUAUGCAUUUUUUUAUUGAGCUGUUCUUUGUUUGUACUUUUUUGUAAUUUAGAUAUCAAAUGAAGUAUUAGUUUCAUGUUAUAAACGCUGGAAAAAGUUUAUUAAUGAAGUCCGUGUUUUUUCAGUUUUAGAUUCGAUCAUAAGUUUGCAGAAUUACUGAUUACUGUUCUAAUCCUGCAGCCUUUAUCAAUGUCAAAACCAUUUAAUUUUUAUAUCUUCGCUAAUUUUUGAACACUGGAUCCAGGAUUUGCACUGUAAUGGCUUUCAGCUGUGAAAUUGAAAUAAAGAGUUGAAGAUUUCAAACA